CUGGCGGGAAGAAAUUGCUCGCAGAGCAGUUCUCUGGCUACAGUAGUCGAGAAUCUGCCGCUCACUUAUAAUACGGAUACAAAAAGCUUGGAUCGAACACCGUCUUUGGGGACCGAAGGAAGUGGAUCGCCGCAAAUUGGUGAGUUUUUUCUGGGGUGAUUUUAGGGCUUUCAAAAUAAAUAUCAAUAGGUUACAAAAUUUUUAAAACAGUUGAAUUCGAGGAAAUUUUUAUAUCCCAGCGGACCAAUUUUGUUGUUGAAUUCAUAUCGGGAAAUAUUUUCAACUAUCAAAAUUUUGGGACUAAAUACGUCAGUUCUGAGGAUUAAUUCAUAUAGUAAAAUUCUUGUUCAGAGAUUUUUAUGCUUCCAAAUUGUUCUACUGUGAAUUUCGGUUUCAGAAAUUCGGCUUUUCUAAAAGUUUUGAAUCUUCUAAUGUUCAUAAUUCAAAAAUCCGAGUUUGAAUCAUAAAAUAUUUUUUCUGCCACACACAUACAGUAGACUUUGAAGGGUCACUUUUUACAAUGUUUUGGCUACCAGAUCACCACAUGUUGUUAUAACUCCUAAUCCCAUAUCAAAUUUCAAGCAAUAAACCAAACAAAAUUUCCACACAUACAGUAGACUUGGAGAGGUCAAAUUUUACAAUGUUUUGGCUACCAGACCUCACACAUGUUGUGAUAACAUAUCAAAUUUCAAAUGUUCACCAUAAACCAAGAAACAAAAAAAAGUUUUUGUUUAUAAUAAAGACAUCUCAAAAAUAAUAACAAUAAAUCACGAUUUUUCUCCCCCCGACUAAUGGAAAAUGAAUGUAGAUCAUAAAACAUGUGUGAAAUUGUUUACAACAAGCAUUCUCUCUUUGUUGUGUUGGGUUGUUGAUAGUAAAGACAAAAAAAAACAAAACGAGGGAUGUUUUAUUUCAGAGAACAACAAAUUUCGACGUGGUCAUAUUCGAAGGAGUUCAUACGAAUCGGCACAAAUUCAACUGAAUUUUGCACGUCGAAUUACGACGGCAAAUGGAACACCGGCACUUGCAUCAACACAGUGAGUUUUGGGAAAACAUUGAUGCGUGUGAUAUGAGCAUAUACAUCUGUACAACAAAUAGACAAUAUUUUUAUGCAAAUAUAUGAACACAAUAAGAUGAAUAGAAAGCGCGUUAGUGUUAUUGUUGUUUCAAGUAGAUCACGCUUCGAGAUUAUUAUUUUAUUUCAUGUUAAAUAGUGAUUAGAACAAUGCAAAUGAGGGAAGGAAGUUUGAUUAUAUAUUAUUGUUGAAAAUUGGAAAUUCAAAAAGCAACCUUGGUUAAGCUGAAAAACAAAACAUCCUGUGAAGACCUAAAAAGAACCUCAGACCUCAUUUUUUCAAUAAGUUCCGAAGUUUCAUUAAUUUUUAAAACCCAAGUCAUUUUGUUAGUAAAUUUGUUCUAAUCAAAUUUAAUUUGUCCUUACUUCUCUCCAGCCUUUUUUAUCGAUUUAUUGAAAAUUGAAUGUGAACAGUUUUUAUACAAAUAUUUAAAAGGCGCUUUGUUUUUUAAAAUAAACUUCAAAUCUCCGAUUUCAUUUCAAUUUUCCUUUAACCUAUUUUUCCUUGCAAAAACCACACUAUUCUCGAAGGUUGAUAUACUUUUAUUUCGCUAAUCAAAAACCACAUUAAAAAAGUAGUUCUCAUGGCAAUUUUUAUAUUUUCCCAUUAUUUUUUUUCCUGGAGAUAUUCAGCUUGACGUCAACGUAAUUCAGCUGUUCCCCUCUCUCUUUCUCCCCGAAAAAACAACAUUUGACUCAUCUGAAAAUAUUAUUUUUUCUUUUCUGUUGCUUUCUACAUAUAAAUAAAUGUUCCUCAAACCACAAAAAAUCACUGUAGAACAAAUUCGUAGCCAGCCAUUUGGCAAGAGAAAAACCAGUUAUAUAUUUAUAUAUCUAUAUUAGCCGGCAGGCAGAAAAAAAAAAGAAAGAAGAAGAAAAACGAAAAGUGUUUGGUUGGCGUUUUAUUUUCCCCCCUUUCCUUCCUCAUUUAUUCCUUGUACAAAUUUUUAUACAUAAUUCAAAUGUUCGUUUUUGCAGGUGCUUUGAUGAAUCAUUCUGUUCUUCUUCAAUGAGUGCACGUGCUGAUUGUUCAUCGAGUUCGUCAAGUUCACAAGAUCAACAUUGUUCGGAUUCUGGAGUUUUUUGUGAUUCAAAUUCUAAACCAAAUUCGUUGGAUCGUCAAAGCGAAUUGUCGGAUUUUGAUGAGCCUGGAACAUCGGCUGAUUCUGUUUCUGCAAACACAUCCGAUAGUUCAGUGACCACCACAACAAAGUCGAGGUUUUUCAAUUUCCCCAAGUGAGUUGGGUUAACUUAUCUAUUUGAAAGAUCUUUCAGGAUGAAUGAAAGAACAUACAUGAAAAGGGGAAAGAAAGUAUGAGGGAACUGACUUUAAAGCCUCAAAAAUUUUCCAGUAACAAAAUGAGAUUAGAACACUGAAAAUUAUAGAGCUCCAAAUUUCAAAAAAUCCAUUUUGGGCCAACAAAAUUUAAUAUAUCUGGCGACUGAAACAAUUUUCUCAAAUUUUUAUCAAAUUCUGGAAAAUAUUCCCUUCUCAGAGAAAAACCAUGAAGUCCCUUACUCAUCAAAAAAUCUUUCAGAAAUCUAUUCUCCCGCAAAGAAAAAGACGAGCAGAAAAAUGGUUGGCGAAUGUUUGGCAGCAAAAACCAUAACAACAAUCACAAUCCCAAACAUCUUGUAACUGGCUUGAUAUUGGAAGAAAGACCUAGCGGAUUGCCGAGCAAAAAUGCAGAAGAAGCAGCUCAACACAAACAAAUGUAUCUGAAUAUUCUGGAACAAGCAAAAAAGAAAGAAAUCCGUGCUGAAAAAGAGAGACAGCAAGCGAAUAUUGAAAGAAAACGGCUGGAAGAACAAGCUGCAGCGGCUUGUCGCGUUUGGACCGAGCAGAUACUUCCAAAAUGGGAUGAGAUGUAAGUUUUUUUUUAAGAGAAAAAAUUGCAAAAAAUUUUCGGUGCCUUAUGCUGGAAUCGAACCAGCGACCUUCUGUUUACUAGACAGACGCUCUGCCACUGAGCCAAUAAGGCAGACAUUUCUCCCUGCAGCAAUGUUGAAGAUAUUUCUCUUCUCUCGUUUUUCAACUAGCGAGAGAGAACGCUUUUUUUCUCUAACCUCUCUCUUCAAUUCAACACACAAAUUUUAGGCGAGAUUCAAAACGUUGCCGCGAAUUAUGGUGGCAAGGAAUACCGGCAAAAGUUCGUGGAAAAGUUUGGUCGCUGACAAUUGGAAAUGAGAUUGAAAUCACACAAGAGUUAUAUGAAACAUUGAUUGAACAAGCUGUGAUGGAUAAAUCAAAGCUUGAAGAUAUCAGCUUGGAUGCGACAAGAACUUUCUCAACUUUGGGAAUAUUUCAAAAAGAUGGACCAUAUUAUGAGCAUCUUCUGAAGUUGUUAGGUAAGAUUUUUGAGUUUUGGAUUCAGGGGAAUUUUUCUGAUGGUAAUUAUUUUUAGCUAACAGUUUUUUUGAGUUUUUGAAAAUUUAUGCUAAUUAAGCAGAAAGUGCAGAGCUGUAUGAACAAAAAACUUUUUUGAAUAUUCAGGGGAACUUAUAGUUUGAAAUUGUGAUUUCGAAAUAAAUAAGUUUUGGAGCUGAAAAAUUCAGACUGCAAAUUAAGAAAAAAAUUACCUGGACUGAUUUUUUUUUCGAAAAAUCUUUGUGAAACACAGUAUUCCUUGACACAUUCUUCAUCACAAACAAUUUGAAAUUUUCCAGGAGCAUAUUCAUUAUUCCGUCCACAUAUCGGAUAUGUUCAAUCAAUGACAUUCAUCGCAUCUGUUCUACUUCUUCAACUCGAGCCAUAUCCAGCUUUUAUAGCAUUUGCAAAUCUCCUCGAAAGACCUCUUCAAUCUGCAUUUUUCGGCCUCAAACAACCACAAAUGACGGAAUAUUUCAUAGCUUAUGAUAGAUAUUUAGAACAAGAAUUACCUUCUCUCCACCGACAUUUGGACAAACUCGAUGUUCGACCUGAUUUAUAUUUGAUUGAAUGGACUUUUGCCAUUUUUGCCAAGUCUUUGCCAUUGGAUAUAACUUGCCGGAUUUGGGAUGUUUAUUUUCGAGAUGGCGAAGAAUUUCUGUUCAAAACUGCACUAGGAAUCUUGAAAAUGUAUGAAUCAAAACUUCUAGCCAUGGAUUUUGAUGAUUGCGUUGAAUUCCUCACAAAAUUACCAGCUGAUCAAAUGACUGGCGCUGAUCUUUUCCGGAAUAUUGAACCGCUCAUGAGACCGUAUAACGGAGAAUCAGCAAAAUCAAAGAAAUGUUUUUCACAGGUUAGUUCUAACAAUAAAAAAUAUUGCAAACAACAUUCCAUGUUUUUCAGAUAUUCAAGGAAAUUGAUGAACGUGUAAACUCUGGUCAAAAUAUGCAAAACUUAAAAAUGAGCAAGAGCUUAAGUGGAUUUGUCGGCGAUAUGUUAUCAGAAACCUAA